AUUAAAUAUUGAAAGCACCAAGACAUCAUCAUCAUUUAAGUCAAACACAAAAAGAAAACGCAAAGACAAAAGGGACGAGUGUUUCUAUCUUCGGCUCGCGAUCGUCCAAUCCCUCUUCGUUUCUAGCAUCUCUUCUCCGGCUUAAUCAUGACAACCUCAAAGAGACUCGCAGACAGGAAGAUUGAGAAAUUCGACAAGAACAUUUUAAAGAGAGGAUUUGUUCCUGAGACCACCACCAAGAAGGGCAAGGAUUACCCAGUUGGCCCCAUCCUUCUCGGUUUCUUUGUCUUCGUCGUCAUUGGCUCAUCUCUCUUCCAGAUCAUCAGAACCGCAACUAGCGGAGGCAUGGCUUAAACCAAAAAAAAAAAAUCACAUUCUAGCUGGAGGAAGCAAUUCUCAAAAUGAAUCUCUCUCUUCUUCUCUUCUGACUUGUCUCCUUUUUCCCCUUUAUACUGUAGAAUCCUUUUAACUUUCCGUUUACUACUUGUUAUGAAGAAUUUUGAGUCUUUUUCUUAAAAAUAUCCGACCUUUUACAUUCUUGUU